GCCGCACACCCCGAGGAACGGCUUGUUUUCCUGCCCGGAUGAUGGAUUUCUCCGCAAGGUCAUCCCUGCCCGCGGCGGCGGUGUGCCCGCGGCUCCCCCGGCGCCGCCGCGGAGAUUAACUUCACCUGUCGCCGACAGCCUGCCCAGCAAGAAAACUCCAAGGAGAAGCUGGACACAAACAACAUCUCAAAGACAGUCCAUGGGGACUGUGCCCGAUCCUCUGAGAUCUGCCAAGCUUUCCCUGGUCUCAGCUUCUGCAGAGGAGGAGAACCUGCAGCCUGCUAAGCAUCAGCCCCAGCCAGCCAGUGGCCAGAGUGCCAGCAAUGGCUUCUCGUGCCCACCGCCCAGCUCAGCUGGGGUUUGUGUGUUCGACCUGAGCUGCACAGGUGCUGCCAGCACGCAGGGGUGYGAGCAGUGUCACACAGACCAUGACAGCCAGCAGGAAGCUUUCCCUCCCAGGCUGGCCAGYGCAGCUGCAGAGGGGCAUCCUGCAGAUGUGAAGCCUGCUGCUUGUUCCCAGCCAGCAGGCAUCCAGGCACCGGCAGCACCAGCCCUCGCCACAGCAGGAGCCCUCCCAGUGGGGCGAGGGCCAGACAUGAUGCCAGCCCCACAGAGCUCCCGGCAGUUYGUGCAAGGCAGCCAGGCCAAAACCAGCUCCCUGACACAGAUAGAUGACUCUGCCUUGAAACCUCAGGGGACUGAUGAUCAGCCAGCRCUCGAAGUGUUAAAUUAUUCUUCCCCGGGUGAUGCUGUCGGGGUUAAUCAGUUCUGUCAUACUUCUCAGGCAAACCUUCUGCAAAGAGGGGAAAAAGACAGGGCAGCAGAAAAAAAUGGUUCCGCCUUAUGUCAGCCAGCCUCKCCAGCAAGGCAGACUGAAGCUGGCCUGGGGAGGGACCCACAGACCAGUGUGGAGGUGAAAAGUGGGGCCACAGACGUGGCACAGGUGCAUCCCCCAGAUAAAACUGAAGCGGMAAAGAAGAGCGAGGCGCCGGCCCAGUCUGGCCACGAGAGUCCACGUCCUGUGCACAGCCCAGACCCCACGCCUGGAACUCCAAACCCCACCCAGCUCUCCAAAUUCAGAGAAACAGGUACAAUGACRGCUCAGCCAGGGAGCAGCCCUUUCACUCAGGAAGCUGUAAGCAGGACAUGGCGGGAUGCUGAGGUCCAGGCUGUAGCUACUGUGGAGAGCAAAUCGGCUUCCACCAGUCCCAGCAUCUUUGCUGCCUUCUUAAAAGGGAAUCCUCCUCCAGAGGAGAAGGAAGAACUGCACAUAAUUUACCAAGGAGGUAUGGGGCUGAGCCAGGCUGCACUUCCUGACAGUUUAUCCUCACAACAAAAGUUCCCGUGUUCUCCUGGUAUCGCGUCAAAAUCGACUGGUGCGGCUGUGAGUGCUUCAGCCCAAACCCAACCUGCCAAACCGCCUGCRGUCCCAUCUGACAGGGUGUCUCCAGUACCAGCAGAUAAUGCAAAACCUGCAGCUGUCACCUCCCAGGGAGCAGCUGUGGGUGAUGCUGAAGCAAGUCGUGAUGUCAAAGAUGCUUCUCAGCYGCCGACGGAUGCUCCAGCCCCUCCAAAGCCCAUCACUGUCGAGCAGCUCGACGUUGACUCCAGCAAUCAAACUCUCUCACAGGCUGGGACUGGUGCUGGUGAGACAAUUCCCCCUUCCACCAGCACUGUCCCAGGAACCGGGAAUGACAUGCGAGAUCUCGUUCCUCAGGCGGGAAGCAGCCGCUCGCCUUCGCCCUGUGCCGCGGGCAGUGAGGGCAAGGGGAAGGAGCUCCUGGAGCCAAAGCCGGAGCAUGGCAAGGGCGCGAGCCGAGGGGAGGCCAGUCCUCAUCAAUCUGCGCUAAAACCAAAGGAGGAGAACAUGGCGGUGCUCGAUCCUAAAGGAGAGGUGAAGGUUAGCAGCCAGCCCGGCCCUGUCCGUGCCAAGGCGCGCUCAGAGGGUGCUGGUGAGCAGCAGAGUGGAGGCCACAGAGACAGUGGCCAGUCUGAGGUGGCUGGUGGCCAGAGCCUGCAGGCCGGACUGACACCCACGCUGAGUGUGAGCUCUGUGGGUCUCGCCCCUCCCGUGACAGCGAUGGCAGCUCCCCAGCAGCAGAGCCUCCAGCCCAGGGAGUGCAGGCCCGAGCUUCACCCUGCAGCAACUCCUGCUGCCCCUCAGGCUGYGCCUGACAACAAAAAGCACUCCACCCCAGCCAUGGAGGCCAAAGUACAGGUGAAGCAGUCCAAACACGUCAGGGAUGUUGUUUGGGACGAGCAGGGAAUGACGUGGGAGGUUUAUGGUGCUUCCCUCGAUCCAGAGUCCCUGGGAAUUGCCAUCCAGAACCACUUACAGAGACAAAUACGGGAACACGAGAAACUGAUCCGGGCCCAGAACAAUCAGACCCGGAAAUCCAUUUCCUCGGAUACAUCCUCAAAUAAAAAACUGAAAGGGAGGCAGCACAACGUGUUCCAGUCCAUGCUGCAGAAUUUUAGGCGUCCUAAUUGCUGUGUCCGACCUGCUCCCUCGUCUGUGUUAGACUGACAUGGUUUGUAGGGGUUCCUAAAUACCUGCAGUGGGGGAGAGGAUCCCUCCCCUCGAGUCCUGCUGUUUGGUUGUGUAACUGGGGUUGUGAUGCAGCAACAGUGGAGAAUUAUUCCCCUUUGUUUUCUGACUGGCCACAUGCUCCAUCCUGCCAUUAUUAUUGUCACAGCUGGUGUGUUUCCACGUUAUGGCCCAACCUUGACUGCUGUCAGAUGAAAAGCUAGGCACUUAGCAAAAGCACAAAAUUUCAAUUGCCACCUUGCUGCGGGGAGAGCAGCACCUUCUGAAAAAGCAGGAAGCAGAGAGAUUGUCAGAAUUGUGGGAAUUUAUUUGUGUGCAUUAUGAGGUCUCACUCAAAGGGGUGGACUGGGGGAAGCUGAGGGAGGUGGAAUUAAAGUGCAACAGCUGUAAAGACCUAUCACAAGACAACUUUUCUGGUUUGUAAUAACCCAUACUGAGGCAAGUCUAUGAACAGGCUGUGGACACUGAUCCCUGAGCACCCUCGCUUCUGUUGAAACUGUGGGUCACUGUUUUCAGGGGAGCCCCAGGAGCCUGGUCUUCCCCUUCUGCUGAAAUGCAGAACCAGGCAAAGAUUGAGGAUCAAGACCAAAGGAUUCUGUCUUUGGGAGAAGCUAAGUCAGUUGAUGGCCAGAAGGGGAGGUGAGAGAGAUGUUUUUUGUGCCCUGCAUUGGCCCCUCUUAAGGUCUACGCCAGCGAGGCACAGGAGAGCACAUCUGUAGAUGGUCCUUUAGCCAGCAGGAUGGUGCCCACCCUUACCCUCUGAUGCUCCUGCCACGUCUGUAAAAAGCAGGGAGCCGUUCUGGCUCCUCAGGCAGGGCAGGCAGCCCCUGCUCCCCGCCUCCUGUGGCACUGAGCACCUCUCCUGUGAAUCACUCCUUAAAGGGGUGUGGGUCUUUCUCUCCAGAAGUGCACAGCAAUGUUUUCCCAUAGCAGCAGGCUUUCCUGUGCAUUUGGGUCCAUGAGCCUCUAUGUCUAGUGUUACACUGAUUUUUUUCCCCCUUUUAAAUCCUUAGCCAACUCUACUGGKUUUUUUUCAGUGUUUUGGUGCUUUUCUUGCUGCCUUUCACAACCYGAAUACCAUUUAUUUAGCCUGUGCAUAUUUUGUUUUACCUUACACUCUAUAUUAUAAACCAUUAUACUGUUAACUUGAAAAAUUUGCAGCAGUACUGAAAUCUUGAGACAAUCUUUGCUGUAUUUCUGAACUUAGUUGUAGAAACUGCUAAUAAAAGGUAGCUUAGUGACUGUUUCUCCAGAAGUAUGAUAUAAAAUAAUGUCUCAAAUAUAUGUUGGUCGCRUUUCUCAAUAAUAUUUUUCAACCUGGGCAAUGUGUUUCCCGAUAGCUUUGUAUUCUGUCCACUAGAGUUCAUUAUGGGAGGCUGGGGAACUCCUGCAGUUUGUAGAAAAUUUAGUUAUCAAUCCUGCAAAGCACUGACGAUUUGGACAUUGUAAUCCUGCAGAGUACUAGAGUUAAGUAGGAGAUACUUUUAGUCCGUUAAAGAUUUUUCAUGAAUCAUGAUGAUAAUUUAUUUCUGUCUCUAGUACCAGGCACCUGAUUUACUCUGUAGAUCCUACUCUUACAACUUUAAAUCUUGSAGGUUUACACAGUGUAAAUGAGUAUUAGUAUCUUCUUUUUUUUUUUUUUCUGUAAAGUGAACGUGAGGUGGCCCCCAUUUAUUUCAGAGGCCAGACUUCCUGAGUACAUCUACUGCCAACCUUUCAUAUUAGCUGUUUGGGGGCAAUUUUUCCCCAGCAGAAAAGUAAAAUACUGUAAGAUAGAACAUUUUAACCCAGUUCAAUGAAAAGUGUUGCCCCUAAGCAUAGUACUGAAUUGGCUCCUAGUUUUCCUCAGUGAUGUACCAGGGGCUUUAUGUCACAUCCUUGUUCAAUUUCUGUGUGUUAUUUCAAGUCCUCUCCUUCUUGUGGUGCUGAAUUUUUUAAAUUCCAAACCACCACAUUAGAGAGUGUCUUCCCACCUCUGCCUACCAGGAGGAAAGUCUCCAGCCUUUUUUCUGUUUGUGCUGCUGUUUCCAUCCCCUCCCUAGCAGUGUCUGAGAUGUGAGUUUCAUGUGAAGUUUUGUGUGGGAUUAAUAUUGACAGUAUCAUUAGGUCAGGCUAGUUGACAAGUGCAGUGUCUCUUUCCACAUUGUGUCCAUGUCAGCCCUGACGAGGUUCCCUGAGCUGUCUGUAGUUUUUGCUGUGUCCUGUCCAGGUCCAAGGCUGUGUGCUGCUCCUUUUGCCUCCCUUCUGCCCUUUCCCUCGCUAGCUGUUGCCCAGCCUGUCUUCCUGUGAAGCCGUGUCCCUUGGCUCAGCUCACGUGUCCCUCUGCGUCCCCCUUGCUGUAGCUGUGAGCCAGCRUACUCUGAACUGUCCCUUUACAAAUAUGCUCAGUCUGAAUAUACAAAUGGAUUGUCCUAUUUUUUUUUCCAGAGGAGAAUAAACUGCUAUCACUCAUUCAGUGAUCUUCAUGAAUUUUAUCCUUCAGCUUCAGCUCUGCAAAAUAUUUCUAGCAUAUAGGUAUGAGUUGUUUUAUUGAGACAGAACUGGGCUUGGCAGUGAAUGAGCAGGUUGCUGGGCCAGCAGUGCUUCUUUGCAAGGAAUCUCCCCUGGUUCCUUGCAGCUUCAGCUGUGAGUCUUCAGUAGUCAGUUCACCCUCCCUUCCUCACACCAAAUGACCUUUCUUCUAGGAAAAUUUCAUCAGUGYGUUCGUGCCACAAAGCACCGGUGAACAAAUUACUGAGUGGAUGCAUCUGAAUGACUGCAUGGGCAUAACUAAAAAAAAGGAUAGUGCUCAGCCUGCAUUCUGGGCAAAUACCAGUACAAAGAUGCAAAUUGUCCCUGGCAGUGUCUGAUGGGUGCAGAAGUCCUGCAGACGUGUGUUGGAAGCCAAGCAAUAAAGUGCCAAAAGCCAACACAUAAAAAUGAGUUGAUAAUCACCAGCACAUCUCAUGGAAAAUAYUUUAGGUUUUGACCGUGCCUUGCUGGGGCAGACUGUAGGCACCCUGCUAGUUUAACAGUGGUGAUUAGUGCUUUCUCCUGCAUACCAUGGCCAGCUGACAAUGUGAAUCCUCAGUGAGGACACAUCUUUCACCAACAGCAAACCAGAGCCAUGUUGGGGGUAGCAAUUAGCAAAUGUUAUACAUGUGAGCGGGCUUGUAGCAGCCAAGGAUGGCUCUUGUUGGUGUCUUGUCAGUCUCAUUAAUGGAAAUGUGCUUGGAGUAGUGAUAUGGCAGAGACUGGGGGAGAUUGUCUGUGUGCCUCCACCCCAUUUUUCUUUGCCCARUGACUCAGAAUCACAUUGCAUUAGUUGGAUGGGUAACAACCAAGGAAAUCCAUUUGGGCUGAUAAAAAGAGAGUUCAAAAUAGAAAGUACUUUGUCAUUCCUAAGAGCGCAUCUAUAUGAAAAAAGGCAAAAAUACGUGUGUUGCAGCCUAACCAGUUGAACUAACUCUUACAUUCAUUUCUUUGCAAGAUGAGAGAUUUUGGGAAACAAGCUAAUUGUCAGGAAACUCUUCCCUGUCAGUUGCAUCUUCUAGGAGGGUCGAUGUAGCAAGAACCAUUAAUAAAAGCAGUGAGUAAGAAUGGAGAUUUACUUCUAGUCUCACUUAAAGGGCUUUCCAUUAGGAAAGAUGAGAAUAAGCACAUUUCAGUGUUGCCCAUACAAUACCUGAGCUGAAGGAACAUCACAUUGCAGGCAAUUGGCAAUACAUGUGAGGCUGUGACAUCCGUCUGUGUGCAUUUGAUUGGGAUCUGACAGCUUUGUGUUGUUAGGGCACAAGUGCUGAAGUUGUGCCUCAUUUCUGCUGACUUGGUUUAGAAAAAAAAAAAAAAAAGAGUGGGGAAAGAGCUGAAGGGACGAGAAGGGGAAUAUCAGUCUUCUCCAUUUCAGGAGAAGAAAACAUGUUUUUGAAUAYAGAAGAAGAAAUUGCUGAGAAACAGGGGGAGGGAAGGACCAAAAGAGAAGUAAAAUAAAGUUGGUGUAGGUGCUUCACAACGAAUUCUCAUUCCUACAUCUGUAAAACCAGAGUUUUGCUCAAGCUUUACCCACUUGUUUUCUGACCUCACAUAUUUUUUUAUUUGUUGGCAUCAGAUGUCUUUUAGGAAAAUGAAUGUUUCUAAAGGCUGUAUAUUUUGCUARUAUUUGUAGAUAUAUCCAAGUAGGAUUCAGCAAAACCUCUAAGCAGUCAAACUCAGUUUAUUACUACUACUAAAACAUAAGAGCUUGCGAAAUGCACCAUUUGAAGAAGUAUAUUGCAGGGAUUCAAAAAGGUGAAUAUGUCCUCUAAAGAUAGCACUACCUUUUCUCUGUUGAAGUGUUAAAGUUAGAAGURGAAAUCAAAUGAAAGCUAGUGUUGAUGAAGAAUUCAAAUUAGGUGCCACUGGUUUUCAGUUUGGAAGCUUGAUGGAAUCUACAAUACUAAUGUUUCAUUAGUUAGCUCAGUAUAUGCAAGGUUUGUAUAAAGGUACAAAUUAUAUUAACUUAUUAGCUUCAUUAUCUUGUUGUGUUUAUCCUUCUACACCUUUUAAAAACCAAUGCCAAAUGUUACCACAACAGAUUAACUCUUUUGCCCACAGCUUGUGGGAAUGGCUGCUCUGAAUGAGAGACCAUGGAUUGUCAGGCUCCAUGGGCUUAGAAAUUUAAGGGCUGGGGUCUGAGGGAAGCUCUUCCCUCCUUUUCCCCAAUUCCCUGUUCUAGUAACCAGUCUCUGCUGGUUUAUCUUUUUGGUGUCUCUGUGAUGCCUGUAGGAGUAGUCAAUAUUUUCAUUUGUGUGAAAGACAUGCAUGUAGAUCCUUAUCCAAACACUGCACACUACCAAAUAUCUGUGGUCCGUGGACCUGAAAGUCAAGUUCUGUAACUUGAACUGACCGCAAUAUUCUCUUAGGGGCCUAAAUUAUCCCACUUGAGUCAAUGUAGAUGUUUAAAAGAAAGCUUGAAGUAUUACAGCUGAAUUG